AUGAUAUGCGGAAAAAGAAACCACAGAGGCAAGGCCACCUGCUUUGCAUACGGGCAAACAGGUGCAGGAAAAACCCACACCAUGUUGGGAUCAUCUCCCAGGAGACCGGGCUUGUACGCCCUGGCAGUCCGGGACAUCUUUACUCACCUUUCCAACAAAAACAUGCACUCACCCAUUCAGGUGUAUGUCAGCUUCUUUGAAAUCUACUGUGGGCAGCUGUAUGACUUGUUGGACCACAGGAAAAGGUUAUUUGCGAGGGAAGAUGGACAGAAGGUGGUUCAUAUUGCCGGGCUGCGUGACGUCAGAGUGGACUCAGUGAGCUCACUGCUGAAGGUGAUCGCACAGGGCACAGAGGAACGCACGCAGGGGGUGAGUGGAGUGAAUCCGCUCUCCUCUCGUUCUCACGCGCUGCUUCAGAUUCAGCUCAGAGGUCCAAACCAGCAGGUCGCUGGUAGGAUGUGGUUUGUGGACCUGGCAGGAAGUGAGAGGGCCUCAGAUACUAGAGAACCAGACAGGCAGAGUCGUAUGGAGGGAGCUGAGAUCAAUCAGAGUCUCUUGGCUCUUAAAGAAUGUAUCCGGUCCCUUGAUCAAGAGCAGUCGCACACACCUUUCAGGCAAAGCAAACUCACUCAGGUUUUGAAGGACUCGUUUAUUGGAGACUCGAUGACAUGCAUGAUUGCCAACAUUUCGCCUGGUCACUUGGCAACCGAACACACACUUAAUACACUGAGAUACGCCGACCGGGUGAAGGAGUUGAAAGGACAGGGAGGACUUAGAGGAGGGAGAAGAGGAAAAACCUCCCCAAAACGUAACCUGUCCAAAAGCACCAGCAGCAGCAGCACUAGUGGAGGCAGCGGCGUUUGCAUCCGAGGGAAAAGCCCCCCUAAAAAGCCGAAGUUAGCGAGGCAAAGAGAGGCUCCUGUUCCAACAACACCGACCACGAGGUUGGCCACUGGAGGCCCAAUUUUCUGCUCCACACCCAAGAGCAGCAGACGUAGAGAGGAAGUUAAACUGGAACGAAUUACACCAGUCAGAGGUUUACUGGGAACGGGGGAUAGUAGGAAGACAGCAGGUGAGAAGGGAGGAAGAAGAGGAAGAGAAAGGUUUGAAGAAAGUGACGGUGCAGGGUACUCAUUGGGCGACCAAAUCACCAGGGAGUGUGGAUUCUACCAAAGAGAAAGGGGAAACCAGCAAAGCACUUGGAAAGGGGGAAUAGAAGGAGAAAGAAGAUCGAGAAGACAACAACGAAGCGGUGCAGACUCUAUUGGAGUAGAAAUUGAAAGGGGAAGAGAUUUACAAAAGAGUGAUGAAAGGGGUGAGGAGAAAGAGAUGCAUCUGAGACGUUAUCACCAGCAGCUUCAGCAGUUCAUCCCCUCAUCUGCUUCUUCUUCCCUCCAUCUCCUCUCACCUUCUACAGGUCCGUCUUUCUCUCCUUCCAACGCCUCCUCUGCCUCUCCAUCUUCUCGUUCAUCGCUCCGACACUCUUCCCGUCUCUCGGCUUCUGCACUUACAUGUCAAGGUUUGAAAGAAGUUUUAGAGUCGUGUGGAGCCAAGGCUGAUGGAGGACUAAUGUCGUCUGUCCCCGCUGGAGAGACCUCUCAAAGCUGUAGAAAUCAGGAAGAGGUCGGUGAUGGUGACUCAAGUGGAAGAGUGAGAAGAGACGAUUGGAGGCCAGCUGGGAUGGAAGGAGUGGGAGGGAGGAGGUGGGCUUGGGAGGCAGCGACAGAGACAGAACAGACAGGUGCAAGACCAGCUGCUGUCGAGGCACAAGUGUCUCACAGCUGUGAUUCAGAGGAGUGGAGAGCAGAGGGCGAGGACCGCUCUGAUAUCCCAGAUGAUGGAUCAUGGAGCAAUGACAGCGAUGGCCUUUUCACUCGACCUGCUGUUGAGUCAUCCCAUCAUCGAGCUCCAGCAGAACGACCUCUCUCCCCCGGCUGUGAACAUACCAACACCCUCCUGAAGUCUAAUAAACUCAGUGAACCUUCCGUUAAGUUCUAUCAAACCAAAGGCACCUCAAACGACCUGCCUCUACGACCGCAGAAAUCCACGAUUGUAGUGCCAUCAGGCAGCUGUAGAGAGAAGAAACCUUUGUUUUCACCUGAUGCCAAUACAAGACAAUUUUCAAACACUCCAUCAGACACACUUUCUCCCACUGAUUCCAAAGCCAUAAAGUCUGGCGUCAUUCAUCAAGACGCUUCUUUUAGCCCCGUCAUGGACCCUCUGAGUAUCUCCUUGCUUCAAGUGGACCAACGGGCCGCCACAUCUUCUUUCCUCCGAGGAGAACCCAAAACCAGCUCGCUGUAUUUUCCUGACAAUGGAAGAAAUGAAAGCAGGAAGGGAGAGGAAAAAAAAGAGCGUAUCGCGUGUUUGGACGAGGCGAUGAAAGACGGAGGAGAAGAGGAAUUUCGCCUCUCACUUCUGGAGAUGACACGAGGAAGGACCCAUGGCGCUUCUAUCUCGAACCACGUAACAAUGACCACUACUGAGCAAGGUAUCAUGAAGCUCCCUGUCCCUGAGGCUUUGCUGUAUUCUCUCCGGAACCAGGAGAUCAACCAGAGACCUCAAACGAGUCAAAUAGAAGUUCUGAGCAACCAAGACCCACUCAAACCCUCGACAAGUGCGGCGUCGACUUCUGUCACUCAGUCCAUCUCAUCAUCUGUCCAACCCUCCAGGAACAAUCCUACACCCAUCACACACAAUCUUAAGACUCAUGGUGCCACCCAGCCGCCGCCAGAGUGUGCCCACAAAAUGCACGACAAACUCCCUCUUUCAAAUUCAACAACACCAUCAGAAAGUGUCUCGGGACGGUUGAAAACAUCACCAAAACAACGUCACACAGUUCAUUCUACCUCUUCAAGCAACUCCAACAUCUCUCAGCGACCAAAUGAAGGGACAGAAUCAAAUGUUCAAGGGAGCACCGGCAAUGAGAAAACUGGAAACAUGAUAAAUCUGCCUGAUUUUGAAGACUCAGAUGUUGCCCAGUGGCGUGUUAUCCAGGCCCACUGGGAGCAGCUGGAAGAGAUGGAAGCUUUAUUUCAUAAAGAUGGGAAUCUUCUGUGCCAGCAGCCUGACAUGGCAUUUUCAGAGUAUGUUCACAAACUGGAGGAGAUCAUGGAGAGAAAGGCUCGGUGUGUCGAAAGCAUGAUGGCUGAGCUGCAGCCAUAUCUCAAACUCAGUCACUCUCACUCGGCACACUAUCACAACCAAAGAGAACAUAAUAAUGAUCCAAAUAGUUGAAUUACUUGAAACACAACAAGUUACUCAUUUUACAAUGAAAGUGUGACCUUUACAAGGAAGAAAUCUCUGUUACAGAAAGUUGUGCUUUUGAUUCUGCAAUAUAUGUUUCUCACUUAAAACAAUAAAUUCAGUGAAGGUUUUUUUUAUUUUAUUUAAAAUGUUACUUGGACAAUCAACAAUUGGAAAAAUCUUACUUGUGUGUGGUGUGUUUUUUUUGGAAGAGUUUCAGAUGAAUGCCAUGAUGUAUUGGAUUACUAUGUUAAAAUCUGGGAAUGUUAUGUCCAUCAGUAUAUUUAUGCAUAUGUGUGCGUGUGUGUGCGUGUUUGUGUGCAGAUAUGCGGGGAGUUUUCUGUAUCUGUGUCCUGCAUACAUGCUGAUUCUAAUGCAUACAGAAUUUAAUGUAACCAUCAAAUACUUGUUUUACUAAGAUAAAAAAAAACACUGGGUUGAUGUAUUAAACAAGUUGUUUUAAUUGCUGCUUUGUAUUUACUGCACACAGUAUCUUCAAAUCCAACCUAAUCCAAGUGGUCAGUGUUUUGUAAAGGCAUUGAAGUUUAUGCUUAUAUUGGACUUUUUAAAUUAUUAUUUAAUCUUCAGCUUGGGCCUGAUGGUCAGACAGAAACAACUAUAAAAUUAGAGUUUUUUUUGUGUAAAUCCAAACAAAUAUAUAUAUAUAU